UUUGCUUUAAGCUUUUAAUACAGCCAGUCAUGUUGUCUAAGCUUGAACUUGCUUUGCUGCUGCUGCUUGGCAGCGCCUUGAACGCUGUUGUAAGUGCGGAAGUUGGCUGCGGCAGCUUGGAGGAGCGACUGCUGUUCAGCACGGACACAGCUACGGAGCCUGCGGAGUACUCCUGGAUGGGCAUACUCUUCCAGCUAAGUGGCGCCAAUGCAGAGAAUACGCGCUGCAGCGUCAUCAUUGUGGAUGCAACGCAUGUGCUGACGCCGGCGUCGUGUGUGCGACGCUUCAAUGGCAAUGCGGAGCUGGCGGCUGUGCGCUUGGGCACUUGGAACGAAACGCAUCCGCUGGAUGAGGAGUAUAUAUGCAAUACUCGCGGCUUUUGUGUGCCUGGUCCAGUGCAGCAUCGCGUAGCGGAGAUCAAAAUACAUCCGCAGGCGGAUAAGGAUACGGGAGACAAUGACUUGGCCAUUUUACGUUUAAGCAAGCCCAUUAAGUGGUCAGCCUAUGUUAGCCCCAUUUGCCUGCAGGCAGCGUCCGAGCCCAGCUCCUGGAUUAGUCACAAUUUGCAUUUCGGCGGCUUUGAUCACAGCAGUUAUCUCAAGGGCAAAGGACUAGCCAUGGCUGUGUCCAGACAAUAUUGCACUCAACUUAGCGGCAGCAGCACGCCGCCGCCCGAGAAUCAAUUCUGUGGUUAUCCCAUUAAGCGCACGCGCUUCUAUGAAGGCGCUGGCGUCCUGGCGCUCAACAUUGAGCAGGAUGUGCCGCGUAACUUUUAUUUGGCAGCCCUUCUAGUCAAGGUUAUCAAUAAUAAACAAACUACAGUUUACAUAUUUCAAGAUUUGCGCCCGCUGCGACGCUGGAUUCUGGACAAUACAAAUUUCAUUAGCAAGUAACAGUUUAUGCAAUAAAUAUUUGUUUGCUAUUGA